CGGGCGGGGCGUUCGGAGAAGGGGGUGGGAAGCGGCCGUCGCUCCGCUGCGGUCUCCCACGUGCCUCGCGCCCCGGGUCUCUCGGGCUGGAAGAAGGCUCUCUCGAGGAAGGCAGGCAGGCAGGCAGGCAAGAGGGAGGGAGGGCGCGCGGCCAGCGAUGGAGCACCUGAGGCUGAGCGUGGAGGCCCCGCUGCGACUGGUGGCACAGAGGGAGGAGCGGAGCAGCGGAGGGGAGCUGAGCAGGUUCCUGGCCGGACAGAUCUGGAGCCGACAGGAUCGUCAAUGUAUCCUCAGUGCCUUAGCACAAUUAUUACUCGAUAAAGAAUGUACACUUCUGAUUGGUCGACAGUUCCGUCCUAUCUUGCUGGAUUUGUUAGAAAGAAAUGUAGAACUUCUUAAAUCUAGUGGCCAAAUCAACUAUGAUCUUCACGAGAGACUUUGUGUGGCAGUCAGCAAGCUUAUUGAUGAUCACCCAGAUGUGAUGCCAUUUGCUCUGAGGUACUUUAAGGAUACUUCACCAGUCUUCCAAAGGCUCUUUCUUGAGAGCUCAGAUACAAACAUGGUUCGCUAUGGACGCCGAAGAAUGAAGUUAAGGGAUCUCAUGGAGGCAGCCUACAAAUUCCUCCAAAAAGAACAGACUGUGUUCAGAGAGUUGUGGGACUGGAGUGUUUGCGUCCCCUUACUGAGGAGUCAUGAUACUGUAGUUCGAUGGUAUUCUGCCAGUUGUCUUGCCCUUCUCACCUGCAUGAACGAUGAGCAUAGAUUGUCCUUCCUGAAGAAGAUCUUUAAUCCAGAAGAAUUAAUACAUUUCAAACUUAAGCUGCUGGAAGAUUCACGGAUGCAGAACGUCGAGCGCGCCCUCAUCUUGGCCAAUCCUGAGGCAAGCUUUUGGACCAAAGAAGAAGAGCUAUGCCACACUCAGGGGGAACUUGUGUCUGCUGAUCUCUCUGCAAAGGUGGUAGCUGUUUGUGGAGUUGUGCUGCCUCGACAGCAAUUUGGACCUGGAGAAAACGAAAACAUCUUGGACAAAUUUGUACUGGUGAAAUCGACCUGUACUAAUCUUCACAACCUUGCCAUGGCUGUGUCUUCACAAAAUGCAGUGUUACUUGAAGGUCCAGUAGGAUGUGGCAAGACAUCCCUUGUUGAGUUCUUGGGAGCCGUCACUGGGAGGACAAAGCCUCCUCAUAUUCUCAAAGUUCAGUUGGGAGAUCAGACUGACAGUAAGACUCUGCUGGGCAUGUAUCGUUGUACAGAUGUUCCAGGGGAGUUUGUGUGGCAACCAGGGACCUUGACCCAAGCAGUCAGCAAAGGGCAUUGGAUCCUCCUUGAGGAUAUUGAUUAUGCACCUCUCGAUGUGAUCUCUGUGUUAAUACCUCUUCUGGAAAAUGGUGAGUUAUUGAUUCCUGGACGAAGUGAUUGCAUAAAAGUGGCUCCUGGCUUCCAUCUUUUUGCAACAAGAAGAGUCUUCAGUUGUGGUGGUGGUUGGUACAAACAGCAAAACAGUCAUGCUGCUCUCCUGGACAAAUAUUGGACAAAAAUCCAACUACAUAACAUGCCUAAAGCCGAACUCAAAGAGAUUCUGCAGAGGAAUUACCCGAAACUUGCAGCAGUAUUGGAUUGUCUAUUAGACAUCUACAUUGAGCUCACUAAUGAUAAACAUUUAUCCGAAAGCCAUAUUCCAGGAGAUGAAACCAUAAUGGGAAAUGCUCCAAACUUUACAAAAUACAAAAUGCCAAGUUUAGAAGGCCGAGAAUUAUCUCUGAGGGACUUGCUAAAUUGGUGCAAUAGGAUUUCUUUCCAUUUUGACAGCUCUCCCAAUGCUGCUCUGAAUAUUUUUCAUGAGGCCUUAGACUGUUUCACAGCAAUGCUAUCCAAACAGGAGAGUAGAGUGAAGAUGGCAGAAGUCAUUGGAAGCAAAUUGAACAUUUCCAGACAUAAGGCUGAAUACUACUGUCAGCUUUAUAAACCACAACUUGUUAUCGCAGACCAAGAAGUUAGUGUGGGAAGAGUCAAGCUUUUGCGGAAGCCAACACAUGCGCUACUUGCUCAAAGGAAAAAGCUGACCUUUGCACCAACACGUCCAUCUUCGGUGUUAAUCGAGCAGCUUGCUGUGUGUGUUGAGAAAGGGGAGCCUGUAUUGCUGGUGGGUGAAACAGGGACUGGCAAAACCUCCACUGUUCAAUAUCUGGCCCAUAUUACAGGACACCGUUUGAGAGUCAUCAAUAUGAACCAGCAGAGUGAUACUGCAGAUCUUCUAGGCGGCUAUAAGCCAGUGGAUAAUAAACUGAUUUGGUUGCCCUUGCGAGAAUCUUUUGAGGAGCUGUUUGCACAGACAUUUUCCAGAAAGCAAAACCAGACUUUCUUAGGCCACAUCCAGACAUGCUACAGGCAGAAGCGCUGGCAUGACCUUCUCAAACUGAUGCAGCAUGUUUACAAAUCUGCUAUGAACAAAGAAGCUACAGAAAACACCUCUGGCCCCCCAUUGAAGGAAAAAUGGGAAGAGCUUGGUAUCCGGCUUAAUCAUGCCCAACAGCAGAUGAAGAUGACAGAAAAUGCUCUAGUCUUUGCCUUUGUAGAGGGCACGCUGGCACAAGCAGUGAAGAAAGGAGAGUGGAUUCUUCUCGAUGAGAUUAACUUGGCAGCAGCAGAAACUUUAGAAUGCCUGAGUGGUUUACUUGAAGGACUGUCUGGUUCACUAGUAUUACUAGACAGAGGAGACACAGAACCAUUGGUACGCCAUCCAAAUUUUCGUUUGUUUGCCUGUAUGAAUCCUGCUACUGAUAUUGGAAAAAGAAAUCUACCUCCUGGAAUAAGAAACAGAUUUACUGAACUUUACAUAGAGGAACUACAAAAUGAAGGUGACUUGCAGAUACUUAUUGCAGAUUACCUGAAAGGGCUGAAUGUGAACAAAAACAUAAUCAAUGGAAUCAUAAAUUUCUAUUUGUCUGUGAGAAAGGAGUGUGAAACCAAACUGGUGGAUGGGACAGGCCAAAGACCCCAUUACAGCCUUCGAACUCUGUGCAGAGCAUUAAGAUUUGCAUCAAACAACCCGUGCAACAACAUACAGCGCUCACUUUAUGAGGGCUUUUGCUUGGGCUUUCUUACACAACUUGACAGAAUUUCUUACCCAAUUGUUCAGAAGCUGAUAGGCCACCAUAUCGUGACUGGGAAUAUGAAAAACCUUCUGAGGCAGGCCUUACCAGAAUUAAAAGAAGGGAGAAUCAUCAAUAUAGAAGGAUACUGGAUUUCUGUUGGCGAUAAGGAACCCACUGUGGAUGAAUCCUAUGUACUCACAUCUUCAGUUAAACUUAACCUCAGAGAUAUUGUCAGAGUUGUGUCGGCUGCGAGUUACCCAGUAUUGAUUCAAGGAGGCACUUCUAUUGGCAAAACCAGUUUAAUUCGCUGGUUGGCUACAGCAAGCGGGAACCACUGUGUCCGGAUUAACAAUCAUGAACACACUGACAUCCAAGAGUAUAUUGGCUGUUAUACAUCAGAUGAGUCUGGGAAGUUGAUAUUUAAAGAAGGCAUUCUCAUUGAUGCAAUGAGGAAGGGCUACUGGAUAAUCCUGGAUGAACUGAAUCUGGCACCCACUGAUGUUUUGGAGGCCCUGAAUAGAUUGCUAGAUGACAACAGAGAGCUAUUCAUUACGGAGACCCAAGAAACAGUUAAAGCUCAUCCAAAAUUCAUGCUGUUUGCUACACAGAAUCCUCCAGGACUUUAUGGAGGCAGAAAGGUAUUGUCAAGAGCCUUCAGGAACAGAUUUGUGGAGCUGCAUUUCGAUGAAUUACCAAGCACAGAAUUAGAAACCAUUUUGCAUGAUGGAUGUAGGCUUCCUCCUUCGUACUGCACUAAACUUGUCAAAGUUAUGUUAGAACUGCAGUCUUAUCGCAGAGGUUCCUCAGUGUUUGCUGGCAAGCAUGGAUUCAUUACUCUCCGGGAUCUCUUUCGUUGGGGCGAAAGGUACAGAUUGGCAACGCAGGCGGAGAAGAACUACGACUGGCUCCAGCAUUUAGCAAAUGAUGGAUUUAUGCUUCUGGCAGGAAGAGUCAGGAAACAAGAAGAAGUGGAUGUUAUUCAAGCUGUUGUUGAAAAACAUUUUAAAAGGAAGUUGCAUCCCCAGCAUCUUUUCUCAGAAGAAAGUGUCAAGAAGCAAUUUGCCAAAGCAUCCACAUGGAUGACUGUAAUGAAUGACACAUUUAGCCACAUUGUAUGGACCCAAGGGAUGAGAAGACUUGCGAUUUUGGCAGGCCGAGCAGUAGAGUUUGGUGAACCGAUACUUCUGGUUGGAGACACUGGGUGUGGCAAAACUACUAUUUGCCAAAUAUUUGCUGCUUUGGCAAACCAGAAACUGUUUUCAGUGAACUGCCAUUUGCACAUGGAGACCUCAGAUUUCCUGGGAGGACUGCGACCAGUCAGGCAGAGAUCAAAGGAAAAGGAGGGACUUGACAGUUCUAGGCUGUUUGAAUGGCAUGACGGCGCCCUUGUUUUAGCAAUGAGGGAGGAUGGCUUUUUUCUUAUGGAUGAGAUUUCAUUGGCAGAUGAUUCUGUUCUGGAAAGACUUAACAGUGUUCUUGAAACAGAAAAGACACUCGUGCUAGCAGAAAAAGGAAGUGAGGAGAAUGAAGUUGAAUUGCUAACUGCAGGAAAAAGGUUCCGUAUUCUAGCUACAAUGAAUCCUGGUGGUGACUUUGGAAAGAAAGAGCUGUCACCUGCCCUACGUAAUAGGUUCACAGAAAUAUGGUGUCCGCAGAGUAACAGCCGUGAGGAUUUAAUGCAGAUUGUAAGGCAUAAUCUUCAUCCUGGGCUUUCCCUGACCAGGACAAAUGACAAAGGAGCAGAUAUAGCAAAACUCAUGAUGGAUUUCAUAGAGUGGCUGAUGAAUCAGGAAUUUGGACGCCAUGGUAUUCUCAGUAUCCGGGACAUUUUGUCCUGGGUGAACUUCAUGAAUGCUGUGGCAGAAGACGGGCUGCCCGAUACUUCUGAGGAGCGCCAGCUUCUUGACAUCUCGCCAGUGACGGCUUUUGUCCAUGCUGCAUGUCUAGUAUACAUCGAUGGAAUAGGCUCAGGCACGAUGUCCUGUUCCACUGGCUCAGCUGCUUCGGCUCGUGAAAAAUGCCUGGAAUAUUUGUGUGGAAAACUCUCCAAAAUUGUGCACCUCACUGAAGAGCAGAGGAAUGAACUGAGAAUUUAUGAUCUGGAGAGAGAGAGGGAAAUGGUUUGGCUGGAGGACCAUGUAGGGAUCCAUCCAUUUUAUAUACCUAAAGGCCCACUUUACCAGAAGAACUGUGUCUCCGACUAUGCUCUAAAUGCAGGAACAACAGCCAUGAAUGCACAGCGGUUGCUGAGGGCCUUGCAGCUUAAUAAGCCCAUUCUCCUGGAAGGCUCUCCUGGUGUUGGGAAGACAAGUUUGGUUGCUGCCUUGGCAAAAGCGUCAGGAAAUUGCCUUGUUCGAAUCAAUCUCUCUGAACAAACGGAUGUCACAGAUUUAUUUGGCACAGACCUGCCUGUCGAAGGAGGCAAAGGGGGGGAAUUUGCCUGGCGUGAUGGGCCUUUGCUUGCAGCAUUGAAAGCUGGACACUGGAUUGUGUUUGAUGAAUUGAACUUGGCUUCUCAGUCAGUUCUAGAAGGCCUGAAUGCUUGUCUUGACCAUCGGGCAGAGAUUUAUAUCCCUGAGUUGGGAAUGACUUUUCAUGUGCAGCACAAGAUGACCAAGAUCUUUGGAUGUCAGAAUCCCUACAGACAAGGAGGCGGCAGGAAGGGGCUGCCCAAGUCCUUUUUGAACAGAUUCACACAGGUUUAUGUGGACCCACUGUCAGCAGCUGAUAUGGAGUACAUUGGGAUUACGUUGUUUCCUGCCAUUGGUAAAGAAAAUAUUGCAAAAAUGGUUGAGUUCAACAACAAGAUUGAUCAAGAGGUCAUGACUGAGAAGAAAUGGGGUCACAAAGGUGCACCUUGGGAGUUUAACCUGCGCGAUCUUUUUCGAUGGUGCCAGCUGAUGCUUGUUGACCAAUCGCCUGGCAGCUAUGACCCAGGCCAACAUAUGUUUUUGAUAUAUGGGGAGAGAAUGCGAAUGAAAGCAGACAAAGAAAAGGUAGUGGCUCUAUUCAAGGACAUUUUUGGCCAGGAUGCUAUUCCAUACGUGGGAACCAGGCAGUUCCACAUCACUCCCUACAAUGUUCAGGUUGGCUUCUCAGUACUCUCCCGUGCCAACUAUGUCCCUCCUCCUGGCAGAAAGCUCUCUCUUCUGCACCAUUCCCUCCAGCCCUUAGAGGCCCUCAUGAAGUGUGUGCAUAUGAGCUGGAUGGUCAUAUUGGUGGGCCCUGCAGCUGCCGGCAAGACCAGCCUUGUUCAACUACUGGCAUACCUCACUGGUCAUCAGUUAAAGGUUAUGGCAAUGAACAGUUCCAUGGAUACAACAGAGCUGUUGGGUGGAUUUGAACAAGUUGACAUCAUUAGGCCUUGGAAGAGCUUACUGGAGAAGGUGGAGAAUGCUGUGAGCACCCUUCUGAGAGACAGUCUUCUGCUCACUACUAUCUGUCCGGAUGAUGCUGAGGUUGUGCUGCGUGCCUGGAGUACCUUUGUUAUUAAUUUCAAACCCAAGUCUCUGGGGGAAAGAGAUCGAACUAUAACUCUGGAACUAGUAAGCAAACUGGAAGGGGUGCUUGUACUGCUCCAGCGGCUGAAUUUAAAGAUCAGCUCCUACUCAAAGCCAGAAUUUUCAAGACUGGUGGAAGAGUUUCGAAACUUUAAACUGCAAGUUCAGUUUCAGGAUAGCAGCAGUCAUGGCACCUUUGAAUGGGUCGAUGGGAUGUUGGUUCAGGCUUUACAGUCCGGAGACUGGCUUCUGAUGGACAAUGUUAAUUUCUGCAGCCCUUCAGUCCUGGACCGUUUGAAUGCUCUGCUUGAACCUGGAGGAGUCCUUACCAUGAGUGAAAGAGGGGUGAUAGAUGGCGAAACCCCCACAAUUACGCCCCAUCCUAAUUUCAGGCUUUUCCUGUCCAUGGAUCCUUCUCAUGGGGAAAUAUCCCGAGCCAUGCGGAAUCGUGGAAUUGAGAUCUACAUUCCUGGUGACAAUAAUGAGAAUUCCUUGGAUCCUCAUGACAUGAAGCUGAUACUGCAUAGACUGGGAUUGUUAGGAAACAGUGUCUGUGAGGCACUAAUGGCUCUGCAUACAGAGGCUAAGGAAAGCAUAGCAGGUUCCACAUUCACCCUGUCAUCUUUGAUUCGUGCUGCAACACUGAUAGUGCAGCAGUUACACCGGGGACUUGGCUUGUCGAAGAGCUUCUAUAAAGCGUGUUUGGAGGUCUACGUCUGUACACAGCAUUCGCAAAACAAUCAAAAGCUUGUGCUGGACUUGAUAAUGAAACAUGUUUCGGCUUUGGACUCUGAAGAAACAAAGGGUACUUCCCUCAUUGCUUUGGGAUUGUGGCCAGAUUCAGCAUCCAGUGCUUUGUUUGCAGCUGAAGAUUCUCUCCUUUCUACUGUUCAUAAUGAUGGGCAGGUCCUGGCCUAUUGCCUGAACAGGCUGAAUAUUAAAAACAGCAGGACACUUCCUCUUACUAUAUGUGACUUUGAGAAAAUUUUGCAGACCUCUAAGCCAGAUUGUCUAAAAUUCGAUGCAGUUGAGAUCAGUGCUUCUUGGGCAGAUGACAUUGAGGUCCUUUCUGCAGCCGUUAAACAGUUCAUAGGGAAAGCAACUAAUCAAGACUGGACGCUGAGAGUUGGGUGGCUUAAUCAGCUAAAAAAGAGCCUACCUCAAGUGCCUGAUUCAGUGUAUAUCUUACUGGAAGCUGGCGCCGCAUCACUGAAUAAUUUCUACUUCAGCCCCCUCUCAGGUGGAAUCAGUAAUGUAAUGAAAAUGCUGCAACCAAAUAUUACAGAUGAUCAUGUGAUUCCUAUGGAUCUCAGGUGGAACAUGCAAUGCUUGGAUAUGAUAAGCAAUUCAGUGGAUUUUGAUGCAGAAGUGGAACAUUCAGACCAGCUGUUAAUUCUUCUGAAGUCACUUUCAAAUCGGGCAAUUCUAUUUCUAGAUCGGGAGAAAAAGAGUUAUAUUGAAAGGAGUUUGAUUAAUAUGAAAAAGCCAAGAACUAGUGCUUUGAGGGUAUCUCUAGAUUUCCAUAAAGACCCUGGAAGCCACGCCUCACUUCCACAUGCAAUUGUGGCCAAUCUUGCCUCCUUUUUUGAACUCUGGGAUGCCUUCCUGUUGCAUUGGGUGAAAUCUACCCAAGUUGCUGUUUCUGAUGAAAAAUUGUUUGAAAUACUACAGUGCUUAUUGUGGCGUGACAGGUUUUGGAAAAUGUCUGAUGUGGUAGCAGUGGAUUCAUCUGGUUUGGCCCACCUGUCUCUUCAUUGGCACUGGGUCGUGAAGCAUUUAAUCAGCAGGAUACCUCACUUGUUGAGUGGAUAUGAGCAGCAAAAGCUUUCCAAGGAUAUCCAGUCUGUGUCCCAGCAAAUCCAGUCCUGUCUAGCCGAUUCUGCUGGUGCGAAUGUCUGUAUUAAGAAGUUGCAAAAAUCUGCCAGAAAGCCUCUUCCUUUCAAGGAGAAGGAGGUAAUAGAAACUGCCGCCCAACUGAGGAAACUUUCCAAAGCACUUAAUGUCCUGGAUUUGAGGCCUGUUGUUGUGGAUGAUCAAUGGCAGAAGGAGAUCUGUAUUUUGAAAACUGUUGCCACAGAGUGGAAGCUGAAAUCUUUGCUACUUCAAGCUCAAGGCCUGGUUCUCAGAGCCAAUCAUCUGAAGGACAUUUGUUCAGGUGAAUUGCAGGCUUUGGUGAAUCACCAGCAUUCAAAACUGAAGGAAGUAGGAGUCUUGGUUGAGCCUUCAGGAGAAAAGCCUGCUGUGGCCAAAGAGGUGGAUCCUGCCCUGCUAACUCAACUUUCCAACCGGGUGCAACUCUGGCCUGCCAUGGAGUAUCUAGCUGUUUUAUGGCAGUACAAGCUGACCUCUAAGUGUAUGGAUCAGGCAUACUUACAAAGGAAAGACAACAACAAGCAAUUAAGCAUAUAUUCAGAAAUAAAGCAAUUUAUUGCUUUUUGCCUUAAAUUCACACCAGCUACCUCUCAACACCUUCAUGGACUUUAUUACCUGUUGGAUCUGUGUAAGGUCUCUGCAGAAGAAAUUUUUCUCUUGUGGUCAGAACUGGUGAGCACGGCUUUAGUAGCAUUCUGGAACAGUACUGUAACCUCGGAUCCAGAACGUUGGCUCUCUUGGCAGCCACUAUCAAAGGCAGAAGAGAAAAAGAGGCCCAAAUCUCUCAUGGACAAGUCUCUUAAGGGUGUGGGUAUUUUGAGUCGAGCAGUUUUCUCCAAGUGCCUCUCUGAAAUCCUAACUAGCAGCAGCAAGUGGAGCCAGUGGGAUGUGAGGGGCCUCCCUGUUCUUUCCGCCUCCAACGUGACCCUAGGCGAGUGGCUGGAGAGAGCACAGCAGCUGCAGGAAGUCAGCACAGUUCUCUGGACAAACCUGGCCUUUUCUUCCCUAGCUGACUAUAGGUCAAUAGACUCCAAGCUCCAAUGUGGGAUGUUAUUUCGACUGCUUCUGGCUCUUAAAGACCAACUUUCAACAGAACUGCAAGAGGAAUAUUGCCAAAACUGUGACAGGCUUUCUAACAAAGAUCCAGUGGCUUUUCAGUACAUUUGCAAAGUACUCAGGGAUGUAGCUACUCGGGACAUGCUGCCUGAACAGCUUCUCUGCCUUUGGCUGACUUGUUUACAGCAAGUCUUUGGGAAGGAAGGAGGAGCCCAGAACUUGCCUGAAGCAGUUCAGGGAGGCUGUCUUUGGGUAAACCUGGGCCUUCUGCAGGUCCAUCUGUGGGUUCCACAAACUCACUUUGAUCCUGCAGCAAAAAGAGAAUACAAACUCAAGUAUGCUGAAGAAGAGUUACACCAUCUAGAAUGUGAAUGGAAGACACACAGUCUGUCAACACAGUUGAACACAGGGAAGGAUCUUGAAGAUGAAACUAUCAGCAACCACUGUCACCCGCACAUUAGGUUGUUAUGCCAAAGAAUCCAGACGCUGAAGGAUGAAAUCGCCAGCCUUCACCGAAAGCAAGCCUUCAGACCACAAGUUCCUUCGUAUGAGCUUUUGUAUCGGGAAGUUCAUCAGUAUGCCAGCAGCAUUGCUCAGAUUUCAAAAGUCCAGGAUCUCACAACUCGCCUUUUGCAAUUCCUCCACACGGAUAAAUCCCAAUCUCUCCUACAAAACAUGCUGAAUGAGGAGGCAGCUUGGCAGCAAUCGCAACAUCAAUUUAGGAAACGUUUGGCAGAGGAGUAUGCCGCUUUUCCCGAUGUGGUUAUUCCUCUACAAGCUGCCAUUUUGCAGAUGCAGCAUGGCAUUAGACUUCUGGCAUCUGAAGUCCACAGGACAAGCUUUACAAAAUUUGUCAGCCCAACGAAGCUCAACACCCUUGUUGCUUCACUACUCUCCUUCCCUUCUGUUGGGAGCACCUUCCCUACUUAUCUUUCCCAGGCAGAAGCUUUGUGCUCCCUGAACUCUCUGGACGUCCUUAAAGGCCUUAAGUCAUUAUCUCUUAAAUACUCCAAAGAAGGAUCUGACAGAGAGCAGAUGGUGCAUCUUACUCAGGAGCAGCUGCUGGUGAAUGCUUUGCUCUACCUCCGUUGUCAUGUUCUGUGCAAGGGAGAACUAGACCGUCAAUCUCUGCAACUUUUCAGACAUUUGUGUCAGGUAAUUGUAAAUGAAUGGGAUGAACAAGAGCGUCUGGCCCAAGAGGAGGAGGAAAAAAAGAACAGCCUUUAUAGGUACAGGAAUAAAAGCCAUGGAAGUGGACUCACUGAAGAGGAGGAGGAAGAGAGAGAUUUCAGGAGGAAGUUCCCUCUUCAUGAGAAGGACUUUGAAGAUAUUACAUCAGAGGCAAGCCUUGAGGGAAAAAUGGAAAUGGAAGAUGGUUUGGAAAAUGAAGAAUCUCCUGAAAAACCUCUCCUUUCCCAUCACUCAGUGAAAACAGUCAUGACGAUUCAUCAACAACUUUGCCUUCUGUUUGCACGAUCUCUGUGGUAUAGACAAAACCUGCCCACCCAGCAGACUAAGCAUAAUUUGAGUGCAUUUCUUUCCUGUUACCAGACUGGUGCAUCACUUUUGGCUCACUACUAUCCUUUGAUUGGUUCUGAAAUGAAUGACAACCUGCAUGGCAGCCAACUUCUAACUAGCACAGUACUCCAAAAUACACUUUUUGAAGAAGGUGCUUCAGAACUGGCUCUACAAAAUGAAGGGCCAUAUGACUUCUAUCAUGAUCCUAAUGUUCAACAAGUACGGCAGUGUCAACCUGUGCUUGAAAACUUCACAAAAGAAGUAAAAGGACUGUUAAAAGAAUGGCCUGAACACCCUGCUCUUGUCCAGAUCCUGGUUGUGAUAGACAGAAUCUGUAGUUUUCCACUCUCCAGCCCUCUCUCAAAGUUCCUCAAUGGCCUGGAGAUUUUGUUGGCUAAGUCGCAGGACUGGGAGGAGAACGCUAGUCGUUCAGUGUCUCUGAGGAAACACCUUGAUUUGGUCACUCAGCUGAUCUUCCAGUGGCGUAAACUAGAACUGAGUUGUUGGUCUGCUAGCCUGGACAACACAAUGAAACAUCACUCAGAAAAAUCAACGAAACACUGGUUUUCAGUCUAUCAGAUGAUUGAGAAAUACAGACAGGAACAAACAGAGAAGAAAACUGAAGACAUGAAUUUAGAAGCAGUGGUCACGACGCUGCAGGCUUUCAUAGAAGGAUCCUCACUCGGGCAAUUUCAUGUUCGACUUCAGAUGCUCUUGGAAUUCCAUUGUCAAGUCUUGUUGAUGCCACAGGUGGAAGGAAAUGACAUGCUGUGCAAUAUAUUGUGGAAUCUGUACAAUUACUAUAAUCAGUUUUCAGAGCGUGUCCAAGCUAGGCUGGCUGAAGUUCGCCGUCCUAUAGAAAAAGAACUGAAGGGGUUUGUUAAAAUCUGUAAGUGGAACGAUGUCAGUUUUUGGGCCGUAAAACAGUCUGUGGAGAAAACACACAGGACACUUUUUAAAUUCAUGAAGAAAUUUGAAGCUGCUCUCAGUGAACCCUGUCAAUCCGCUUUGGUGGAAACAGCCAAAGAAGAGCAACUUGUUUCCUUGCUGAAACAAGAGACAACAGACAACCAAGAAACUAAAAUCCAGAAUCUAAACAACGUAUUAAGAAAAAACCUGAUGGCUAGAACAGAUGCCACUGAGGCUGUCCUUUUGGAAGAAUUUGAAGAAGAGGUGUUUCAACCAGAAUCCCUUCAGGGCCGCUUGCCCAAGCUCACAAAGCGGAUGCAGAAAAUAUGUACAGGUCUGGUGAAGAACAAUUCAUUUUUGGAUCUUGUGGAGAAUCUUGACAAUUUUACUGGUGACAUAAUUUCCUCUGCCCAUGAAUUGCAGAAUCUGGCUGUAAAUCCAGCUGGAGAAAAGGAAAAACAGAAAUCUGAGGCCAAACAUUUCCUUGUACAGAAACAAAGGGCCUUAACAGAGCUCUUUAAACAUCUUGCAACUACAGGAUUGUCAUAUCGCAAAGGCCUUGCUUGGUCUCGUUCUAAAACUUCUCAGGAACUGCUUUUCCUUCGGCCAUUGGAUUUGCAUAGUGCAUUGUCCUUGAUCAGCAGCACGCAGAAAUUGGAUUCAACGUUACUCUCUGCGAUAUCUUCCUCCUGGGAUGGAUGCCAGAAAUAUUUCUAUCAGGCUCUUGCACGCCACUGUAGGCUUCAGACAGUGUUAUUAGCACCUUCAAAGGAAAUUGGACUGGGCACUGUGGAGAGGUGUAAGGGAUUUACUUCACACCUCAUGAAGAUACUUGUCAAACAGAGGAACUCCCUGACUGCCUUGACGGAGCACUGGAUUUUCCUUAGGAACCUUCUGAGCUGUGUAGAGGAAAUUCAUGCCAGGUUGAAUGUUACGAAUGAGUAUGAAGUUGCUUUUCCUCCUCAAGAUGGCAUCCAGCAAUGGACAGACCAGUUGCAGUACCUGGCCAUGCAGUGUGUGAUGGUCCUGGAGCAAUUCUCCUGGUUUAUAGAGUGCUGCCCAAAAGGCCACUUCUUGAAUUCUCCCGGGACAGAAAGGCAAUCUGAGGAAACCGAACUAAAUUCAUCCAGUGUUCAAAAAUUGCAACCUGAACUUAAUGCCUCAGAGCUACAGUUCGUCACGCCAGUAGCUACGGAUCAGCUGCCUGUUGGAUGCAAGAUGCUGAAGUAUGGUCCAUUGUAUCAACAGCUGAUCUCCCAAGUGAAAGAGAUGCUUGUUGAAGUUAAGGCAGUAAAAUCAGACGUGGAGAGAAUAAGACAGCUCUCUUCCGAGACUCUCUUCCAUUCCUGGAAAAGCUUUGAGGUGUGUUCUUCCGGGAUGGACUGUUUGUUGAAGGUUUCAACCCAACUGCAAGACAUUGAGUCCUUGUUUCUUCUGCCCGAAGAUAGUCAAGCUAUCUCACAAAUGGCAAUCAUCAAAAGUCUCAUAUACAUUCAAGGGGAAAUUAAUAAAAGUGUGGAUGACUUUGCUAUCUGGAGGACACAACUGUUCAGUUCAAUUUCACACUGUGAGGGGGAAGAAAAAUCAGAUGAUAGCUUUGUAGAUCUCUUCUCCAAACAAGUAGAACUUGCGAUCCAGGUUGUCCUGAGUGCGAUACAACAUUUGGUGGAGAGGAGAAAAGAAAAAGAGGAUAGCAGCUCAGUGGCUGAGAAUGAGGAAGAGACCUCAGUUAACCCUCUCAAGACGGGGCAUUUAACCAAGCUCCUGGAUGAAGACAUCUGUGCAGAUGUGAAUUCUUUGCACAUACAGAAAAUAAUUUCAGUCAUUUCAGAACUCCUGGAGCGACUGAAAUCCUAUGGCGAGGAUUAUACUGUGUACAAGUGCAAGCUCUUCAAUCAGUCCUGCCACUUAAUGGUGCGUCUAAUGCCAAUACUUUACAAGUAUUCCAGCACCAUCCUUUUCUACCUCACCGUUUCCUUGGCCACACACAGGAGUACUGGGAAGUUGCUUUCUGUUCUAACGAGUAUAUUUACUGAACUGGCCCAGAAGGGGUUUUGCUUACCAAAAGAGCUAACAGAGGAUGCUGCGGGAGAAGGAGGAACAGAAUUCCAUGAUUAUGAAGGAGGAGGCCUUGGAGAAGGGGAAGGCAAAAAGGAUGUGAGUGAUAAGAUAGAACACGAAGAUCAGGUGGAAGAUACAUACCAAAAAGACCAAGAAAAGCCAGAGGAAGACCCAGAAUCUAAACCAGAUCUUGAAGGAGAAGACAAUGCAGUUGAGAUGUCGGAGGACUUUGAAGGGAAAACAUACGAUGGGGAGAAAGAAAGUCCAGAAGAUGAUGAAAACUCUGAUGACGAUGAAGACUUAGAUAAGCAAAUGGGAAAUCUUGGGGAUGCUGAAGCUGACAAAUUGGAUGAAAGGCUUUGGGGAGAUGAUGAUGACAACGACGAUGAUGAUGGAAGUGAUAAGGACAACAUAACAGAAACUGGACCUGGAAUGGAUGAGGGUGAUUCAGAACUUGUGGCCAAAGAUGAUAAUGUGGAUGUUGACAACAAAAAAGAUAAAAAACCACCAAAAGAGGAAGAAAAAGAGAAGCAAAUGGAUGAUUGUGAAACUAGAGAGAAGGUCCAUGAACAAAUAGAUGAGCGUGAAUAUGAUGAGAAUGAGAUAGAUCCCUAUCAUGGGAAACAGGAGAAACAGCCUGAAGCGGAAGCCCUAGAACUUCCUCCUGACCUGAAUCUAGAAAAUGGAGAAAAGGAUGAUGAGGACAAGGAUGAAGAAGGGGAAAAUCCUUUUGAGAUUGAAGAGAAACCUACAGACAUAGAUGAAAAAGAGAUGAAGGAAAAGGAUCUUGAAGAUGUGGGUGAAGAAGGUCAGGACCCUGAGCAACUUGAAAAGGAGUCUUCUGAAGAUAAAGGUGAAGGAGACGAUAAAAUGGAAGAAGAAAUCAAAGAAGAAGUAAACACACAAGAAAAUGCAGGCAAUGAAGAAGAGGAGGAAUCCUCUACAGAAGACCAGAAAGAGUCUCACGAAGCAGACAAUGAGAAGGGCAUCCCAGUUACCGACAAAGGCCUCAAUCCUCAGGAAAAUGAGGAUGUCAACAAUCCAGAUGAAGAGGAGCCUUUACCUGAGGCCGUUGAGAGAAUGGAGCAUGAAACGCAAGGACAGACAGGAGAGGAGAACCUGCAGAGCAACACUGCGGUAGAACUGGCAGGAAUGGCAGCUGAGAAGGACCAGGCGAAAGAGGAGCAUGGAACCGGGGCUGCUGAUGCAAAUCAGUCAGAAGGGCAUGAAUCUGAAUUAAUGGCACGGCUAGCUUCUCAGAAACAAAAAAGAAAUAAUACACAGAGUUUUAAGAGAAAACCUGGUAAAGCUGACAAUGAGCGUUCAACGGGAGAUCACAGUCAACAUGUUCACAAACGAUUGAGAACUGUGGAGUCUAGCGGUAAAACAGAACCAACUUCAGAACAGCCAGAACAAAAUAUGGGACAAGCCGAUGCUUUUGAGCACAUUAAGCAAGGCAGUGAAUCCUAUGAUGCACAGACCUACGAUGUAGCUAGUGAAGAACAACAAAAAUCGAUCAUGCCUGUUAAUGAAGUUAAUGAAGAACCAGUUUCCGACGAUGCAGCUAUGGAAACAGAAGCUCAGAAUAUUGAGGAUCUUAAAGCUGCAGAUGCAGAGAAGUUGAAUCCAGAAGUUAAAAUGUCUGGUUCUUCUAAAACAGGACCAGAGGAAAUGGAGUUGGAUGGCCAGGCUCUCAAUACAGAGGAGGAGGAGGAGGGACAUGGAAAAGAGACAUCAUCACCAGAAAUAAAACCAGAGAGAAGCAAAUAUUCCACAAUACAUACAGCUCAUCAGUUCUUGAGAGAUUCCACAAUCCAGAACAUUGUUAAGAAUCCUGAAGAGUUGAGACAGGAAUUAGAGAAGCAACUGGAGGCCUGGCAAACCGGGAACAUUGCCGAGGAAAGCGCAGCAGCUGAGAUGUGGCAACGGUAUCACCUGCUCACUGCACCUCUUUCACAACAGCUCUGUGAACAGCUCCGGCUCAUACUAGAGCCAACUCAGGCAGCCAAGCUGAAAGGUGACUAUAGAACAGGAAAAAGGUUGAACAUGCGCAAAGUGAUUCCCUAUAUCGCCAGUCAAUUCCGAAAGGAUAAAAUAUGGCUACGAAGGACCAAACCUAGUAAACGACAGUAUCAGAUCUGCUUGGCCCUUGAUGACUCAUCCAGUAUGACAGACAACCAUUCUAAGCAGCUUGCCUAUGAAUCCCUGGCAGUGAUUGGAAAUGCUUUGACGCUUCUAGAGGUGGGGCAGAUUGCUGUAUGUAGUUUUGGAGAGACAGUUCAGCUUCUGCAUCCAUUCCAUGAACAAUUCAGUGACCAGUCGGGAGCCCGAAUACUGCAGCUCUGCAAAUUUGAACAAAAGAAAACUAAGAUAGCUCAGUUCUUAGAAACUUCAACAAAUAUGUUUGCUUCGGCACAGCAGUUGUCUCAAAAUAUCAAUCCAGAAACAGCUCAGUUGCUCCUAAUAGUAUCAGAUGGAAGAGGCCUUUUCCUUGAAGGCAAGGAACGUGUGACAGCAGCUGUUCAGUCAGUUCAAAAUGCAAACAUCUUCAUCAUUUUUGUCGUUUUGGACAACCCUAAUUCAAGGGACUCCAUCCUGGACAUUAAAGUACCUGUGUUCAAAAGCCAUGGGGAAUUGCCCGAAAUAAAGUCAUACAUGGAAGAAUUUCCCUUUCCUUUCUACAUAAUUCUCAGAGAUGUGAACGCCCUCCCAGAGACUCUGAGCGAUGCCCUCCGGCAGUGGUUCGAGUUGGUGACGGCAGCAGACAACCUGUAAUUUGCCAGGGCAGUUUAAUAUCUGGUUGCCAGCUUGCUAGUGAACUUGAGUUGUUGUACAAAUGGGACAGAAACCACACACUUCAAAUGUGCAUUCACCCUUCUCAGUGCCGGACACUAUGCAAUUCAAGAUUAUUUCCAAUGAUGUUCAUUUAAGUUCCUUGUUUUUAACUGGGAACAGUGGGAAAGUCACCUUGUUGUCCCUUUAACUCAUUGUUGAAUAAUUUAUUCCAGAGUUAAUUUGGCAUUUCUCUGUCAUUAAGACAUGCAAAACUCCUAAAACUUUGUCCCUAUAGAAGCAAGAGCCUAGUUUUCCUCCUGAGAGAAGAAGUUUUAACUAUACGUGUUUAACCAUCAUAAUAAUCCUUGUCUGUCUUGGGUCACAUGUAUAAAUGAACCCCCCAGUGUUUGGGUUGGGGAGUGCGGGUUGAAUUCAACAUAGCCAAAAACAAAUCUCCUUGAAUACUUGAAAUUGAUCAUGUUGCGGAAUAGUUACUGUUUGACUGAUAAUGCUACAGAAGGCUAUUUUUAUGACACAAAAGAGUCUGCAUUAUCACUUUUACACUGUGAAGUUUGCCCUCUGUCCAAGGCAAACGUUGAGAAGCGUUUUGUUAUUCUUAAAACCAUGCACAGGUCUUCCUUAACCCUUUUUUCAUUGCAAAAACUAUGCAUCAUUUGUGAUUAAUAAAGAUGUUUUGUUGUUUGUA